GCGGCGGGCGGAGGAUGCUCAGGCUGGUGCCGGGUUGUCACGCACCAUGGUGCUGGUUUAUCGCUCCUGUUGUCAGCUAUAGGCUCCCUUAAGGACAGGCGGUACGGGCGGCGGGAUGCUCUGGCUUCCCCUGUCGCCGGUAAAGAGUACAAAACUGGGGCAAACAACUGAGGAUGUCAUCCUGUUUGGCUCAGGAGGUUCACCUUGCUAGAAGACAUGAGGAGAUACUGUCUCAGAGAUCAGAGCUGCUACAGCAGAUGGAGACUUAUCUAAGAGACAAAAAGACUAAAAAGACAUGGCAAACUCAAGCAGCUGAUGCAGCUCAUAAAAGGAAUGCAGCACUUUUAAAUGAUAUAGAAAUAGCAGAAAAAAAGCUGCAAGAAAGAAUGUAUUUGCUUCCACAUCCUGAUACUGUUAAGUUAGAAACUCUCUAUUGGGCAUCAAUAAAAGAAUCUCUUCCCAAAUGGGAAGAGUUUCUUUUAGGAAGAGCAGAAGUUCCUAUUGGCUUUAAGAAAAUGAAAGCUACAAAGCAGAGCAUAAACUACCCUCAAGAAGAUUCACGAAAAUAAACAUUUUAGUUUCAUUUUGUUUUGUAAUUUAUCAUUUAAGCAGAGGAGAUCAUCCAGAUAUCAACAGAAUAUCAUGCCAUUAAACUGAAAUGUAAAUAAUUUAAAUGAAAAUUAAUUAUAUGGGAUCAUUUCAUUCUAUUGUUGCAUUGUGUAUGAUUCCUUAUUUUUAUUCUGUACUAGAGAAGCAAUCCUCACAUGGGCUUUUAGGAUCAAGAAUGAGAAACAUUGGUGUAUAGAUUUCCACAAGGCAAUUGGGUUUUCAGUGUGACAAGAGUUUUAUGUUAUUUUUAAUCCUCUGCUUCUACAUAUAAGUGCGAUAAGUAAAGACAGAUUCUUGCAUUAUCUUUCUUCGCUUCAGUCAUCUGUGCUGCAUGCCUGCUCGUGGAUGAGGCAGAAAGGAAGAAUUUACUGUUAGCAGAGAAAGCAGACUGUGCAUCAGAGUAGCCUUGGUUUAGCACCAGGAACCUGUGCAGGAACCUUCACAAGAGCAGUUGCAGAAGGAACAAACUUGAAUUUCUGCAUCUUGUUUUCCCUGGCUUUUUUGUCAUUGCCACUUUGAUCACUCAUACACCUCACUCCAGGCAGCUUUUCCCAACCUCCUGCUGCCUACAUUGUAUUUGUUGUCUAACGAGUUGGCAAACAAAUCUCUAGGGCUUUUUGCUACUUCUAGGCUGCUCUUAAUUCUGUUUUUUUCUGUUGAUGUAAUCUACAAGUGAACUUUUUCUGAGGCAUGAAAAGUUUGAAAGAAGCGAACUGAGAGGUAACUGGCAGUGGCUUUCCAAGAACAAGGUGUAUACAAAAGUUGAAGUAAAUAUUUUCAUUUUCAGUCAUUGAACAGCUUCCCGGGUUCCUCCUACAGAGGUGCAGUAUCAGUGAGUUUUAAUUGUACUGAGCUAACUUGGUAUGAAAAAUUCACUGGUACAGAACUUCUAAAAGUGUGAGUUCAGUGGGAGAUCCUUUCUGGUGUGUGACAUGGCCUGCAGAAAGUUUGUUUCCUAAGCAAAAGAAGCCGAUAAAAUAUUAAUUUCUUUUAUUGUUAAGAACCUGGACUUGAGUUAAUAUACUGUUAAAAUUUAAUCUCUUGCAACAACACCAUUCUGCCCCCAGCCUGGAAGUAGUAGGGAAAGAAACGUACCUCUGCCAGUGUGUGAGGAUAUGAAAAUGUAAUGAUGGCAAAUAUUACUAAUCUACUAGUUAUCUGAGCUAUGCAUCUUCAUACUACAUAGAGAGAGACUCCACCAUUCAAAAAACAUUAUAUCCCUAUGCAUCAUGAAGAAUCACUGACACAAUAAAAUCAAAACUUUAGGUGCAAUAUUAAAUUGUGUAUUUUCCACAGUAAUAUUAGGAGUUCAUUUUAAACUUUUUCUAUUGAAGUGUCCAUUAAACUGAUAACUUUUUACAGAAACUGCCAUCUUAGAAUUAUCCUGUUGAGUGGGUGUUGGUGUUUGUAACAAUAACGUUGUUUUCAUAAUAUGUGAUGGCAGAUUAGCACGCUUCUCUGCAGUGUUGUUAACAGUUGUAAUUAAGGAAUAAACAGUAAAGGGUGUCAGUCCGAUGACAAUUUCAUCUAUAGUGUCACAAUACAAAAUGUCACAAAAUAUUAGAACUGUUAUAUAACUACAAAAAUAUCAAAUUAGGCUUUCAUCUUACAAGCUGAGAGCUUAAAAAAAACUUGGCAUAGAGACCAUUGCAAUUUUAUACCUACUCAGUGUUCUGUCACAAAGACAACUUGGUAAUAUUUUCUUCUGUAAACUCACAAUGUGAUUCUCAAUCUGAUUUAGUGGGAAUGCGUAUGGAUCUUACAGUUGUAAAGCUCACGUUUAAAAAGACAAUAACUGGAACCAUUUGAGCCCACAAGGAGGGAAAACCUGUUAUAGAUGAUGCUCGGAAUGAAGAGAUGGAUGAGCAGUUAGUUAGUAACAAAGAAUGGGACUCAUCCUGUUCUUUGCAUGCAAAGGGAAAUCACUUCAACAAAAAUCUGGGCCCCUAAGUACUUCAUACAUGCAAAUAAUCUGAGUCUUUAUCUCUUCUGACUCUGCCUAACUACUGGGACACAGUGCAAGUUCUCACUCUCCUUGCCCUGGUGCUUUCCCCUGGAAGGAGAUCUGGGUGUGUGGAUAUUGAGUGCAUGGCAGCUCCAUGGGUGAGAGUUUGGCAAUGUGCAUGACAGGCACCUGCAAGCAGGGUUAGAGUGGUUACCCUGCUGCAGUUAGGUGCUCACAUAGCAUGCCUGAGAGUAAAAUGAAAUUAUCUUCAAAGAAGGAAAUUAAUUUUAUUUCCUGCAGCUUAACUUUGGAAGCAAUAGGGCAACUAGUUCAAGGAAAACUAUGUAGGAACAUGUCCAGGAAAAAAAACUGAAUGAAGAGAACCAUUUAAAGCAGGAAUACAUGUAGGUGACUGUUCUCAGAGACAAGGACUUCAUGUUGGCCUGUGGUUUGAAAAAAAUAAAUGCAAUUGCCUAUGACUAUGAAAUAGCACAGUAAUAGGGGCAGGGGCAAGUGUCUGUUGAGUUGGGGCAUGCAGUGACAAGGGACCAUAAUUAUAUGCUGUCUCCUGUUCUACUUAGAUUUGUUGAAUUUAGUUUACCAUGGCUGGGCUAGCUUAAUACUUGCCUUUUUAUAGAUACAGAUUUGAGAAAGCAAAUGUUAAAUUUUGGUGUGCUUUAAAAGAAUUUAAGAACCCACCGAAGUGAUUUGUACUGAUAUGAUUUAAUAUUGGUCUCCUAUGAGAUCUUGAAUGGGUAUUCUUCACCAAGUCAAGACAGUCCCUUCAAACAUAUUGAUUCGAUGUAGUUAUACCCUAUCUUAUCCCAAACAUUUAUGUAUAUAUCAAAAAAUAUAAAAUAUAGAAAUUACAUCAUAUAUAUCUUCUGUAAUUUCCUACUCAUCGUAAUUUUUUUUCUCAAAAAAACAAACUCACCACACCCCCCCCAAAAAAAAAAAAAAAAAAAACAAAAAAACCCCACCAAACCCCAAAUAAACAUUAAAAAAAAAAAGUGGGGGGGAAAAAAACACACCCCCCAAACUUGUUACUGUGUAGUCUUGACUUGCUGCUUGCCCUUUUGUGUUACAAUAUAUGUAUACUAAGGUGCUGUGGUCCUAGGGGCCUGUUGCUUUCUGUGCUUUUCUGUUAGGUGGGGACAGCAAUUGAGUAAAGAGCAGUGAGAAAACCCAAAGGUUUUUUUCUUUGUAAGUUAAUAUUUUAGUAUCUUGCAAGAAGAAAUAAUUAAUCAUACUUUUCUAGGUUAAUGCACAGAUGAGUAACCCCAAUACUAACCCAGGAGCACAGCCUGUUUACCCAUCUUGUCACCUCUACCAUCACAUUCCCAAGCUUUUUACUUUCUCAGUUAUUCUGGCUGUGGGGGCAGGAGCAGAAGGCAAGGCAUGUUACUUUUUCCUAGCAUAAGAAAUUUCUUACUCUGCAGAAUCUUCCACAAGCCUAUUAAUUUAAUUUGAGAGUAUAUUUGAAAUAAUAAGUUGGUUUAGAUGCAUAUCUGACACUAUGGUAUCCUCUUGAUUGUGUUUAUUCAGGGUCAUGUUUUCAUAGAAGUUGGGAGCUAAUUUUUAGGCUGAGCUUAUAGUUCUUAAUUUCUGUCUUUUUCAUUCUCAUAGAGCAGGUUGGGGAUGUAGAUGCUCAGUUUGAGCUUGUUGGUACUGAAAAAUAAGAAAACCAAAUUUAAAAUGGAAUGUACUUUUAGAGGUUAUAUCUGAAAGAAAACAUUAUUUACUCCAUAAUGGUAAUUUUCAUAAUAUUUUAAUACUUGUGUUCAGAUACAACUUGACCUUAAAUAUCACCCCAAAUGCAAGCUGUUUUAACAUAUUUGUAAUGCUAAGGUCUUCAUUACUGUGAUAUUCUGUUUGCUCAAGGAUUAUAAUCCAUGGAUAUACUGUGUUAUAGUUGAAAUAAAGCUUUGCUCAGUGUUGCAUUCC